AAACAUAUAUACUUAUAUAAUUUUUUGUAUAUAUAUACAAAAAGCGAACUCAUCGUCGUUUCCUUUUUAUCAGAUUCUACCGAUCCCCAUUAUCCCCAUCCACCCUCUCUCUCUCUCCACAGACAAAAAUCUUGCUUAUAUUAAACCCUGAAAACACAAAAACACAAGAAAACAGUUUGAAAUCAGCGGAGAAUUGAGUGAAAAGAGAUGGGUAUCUGCGUUUCUAAGCCCCCACCAGAACCCAAUCUCUCAAAUCACAUUGAAAUUCAAGAAAACCCAGAACCCAAAAACCCUGAAAAUCCGGCGAAAAAGUCGCGGGAGGACGGUGAAUUGGCCAAAAAGUCGCCGUUUUUCCCCUUCUACAGUCCGAGUCCGGCGCACUUUCUCUUCUCCAAGAAAUCCCCGGCGAGAUCUCCGUUGAAUUCGAGCUCCAACUCGACGCCCAAGAGGUUUUUCAAGCGGCCGUUUCCGCCGCCGUCUCCGGCGAAGCAUAUAAAGGCCGUUUGGGCCCGGAGAGUGAAGCCUAAUGAGGCAGCGAUACCGGAAGGAGAGGAAGUGGAGGGUGGGGGAUUGGACAAGAGUUUCGGGUUUUCGAAGAAUUUUGCUAGUAAGUAUGAGGUGGGAGAGGAGGUUGGGAGAGGGCAUUUUGGGUAUACUUGUAAGGCCAAGUUCAAGAAAGGGGAUAGUAAAGGGAAAGAUGUGGCUGUUAAAGUUAUUCCCAAAGCAAAGAUGACUACGGCCAUAGCCAUUGAGGAUGUGAGAAGGGAGGUGAAGAUUUUGAGAGCUUUGACAGGGCAUAGUAAUCUAGUGCAGUUCUAUGAUGCAUAUGAGGAUCAUGAAAACGUUUAUGUUGUGAUGGAGUUAUGUGAAGGUGGGGAACUUUUGGAUAAGAUACUUGCGAGGGGUGGAAAGUACACAGAAGAUGAUGCUAAAGCUGUGAUGAUACAAAUAUUAAAUGUCGUUGCAUUUUGUCAUCUGCAAGGCGUGGUACACCGGGAUCUUAAGCCAGAGAAUUUCUUGUUUAUGUCAAAGGACGAGGACUCACCACUGAAGGCCAUUGAUUUUGGACUUUCAGAUUUUGUGAAGCCAGAUGAAAGGCUCAAUGAUAUAGUCGGCAGCGCUUAUUAUGUUGCACCGGAAGUAUUGCAUAGAUCUUACAGUACAGAAGCAGAUGUCUGGAGUAUAGGUGUCAUAUCAUAUAUAUUGUUAUGUGGUAGCCGUCCAUUUUGGGCUCGAACAGAAUCUGGAAUCUUUAGAGCAGUUCUAAAAGCUGAUCCUAUAUUUGAGGAACCACCCUGGCCUUCUCUAUCUGCCGAGGCAAAAGACUUUGUUAAACGUUUAUUAAAUAAAGAUCCAAGGAAAAGGAUGACUGCUGCUCAAGCUCUCAGUCAUCCGUGGAUUAGGAGCAAUAAUGACAUCAAAGUGCCACUGGACAUAUUGAUAUUUAAACUUUUAAAGGCUUACAUGCGUUCAUCUCCUCUGCGGAAAGCUGCUUUAAGGGCUUUAUCCAAAACUUUAACUGUAGAUGAGUUAUUUUAUUUGAAGGAGCAAUUUGCACUGUUGGAACCAAACAAAAAUGGCUCCAUAUGCCUGGAUAACAUUAAACAGGCUUUGAUGAAAAAUGCGACGGAAGCCAUGAAGGAGUCACGUGUUCAUGAUUUUCUCGCAUCACUUAAUGCCCUGCAAUAUAGAAGAAUGGAUUUUGAGGAAUUUUGUGCAGCAGCUACAAGUGUUCAUCAGCUUGAGGCUCUUGAUCGAUGGGAGCAACAUGCUCGGUGCGCAUAUGAACUUUUUGAGAAAGAUGGUAACAGAGCCAUUAUGAUUGAGGAACUAGCUUCUGAACUUGGCCUCAGCCCGUCUGUCCCAGUUCAUGCCGUCCUACAUGACUGGAUCAGACACACUGAUGGAAAGCUUAGUUUUCUGGGAUUUGUGAAAUUGUUACACGGAGUAUCUAGUAGGUCUCUUGCGAAAGCUCAAUGACCCAGCCAUCCAGCAUCCAUCGCAAUCAUUGCUUCUUUGUUGCCAUGUGAGCUAUGCGAACAAGAGGUGUUUAAGAUUUCCCCGGCGAUCAUCAGUUUAUUGAAUUCAUUCUGUUACCGGGAGCCUUAAAUUGCUUUAGUUAGAAAUAUAUUAAUUUUAUUUCUUGUAAAAUGAAUUUUUCAAGUGGAAUUGGGAAGGGGAGCUAUUUGCUCGAACUCAGAGUUAUCAUUGUCAGUUGCGGAAACCGAACUCAUGAAAAAAUAUGAGACCACCCCUGCCCUUUUGUGCCAUACCCACAAUUUCGUCUGCCUGCAGUUGAUUUUCACAUGUAAUUAUAUUAAGUAUGUUGCAUUAUUGAUAAUGUCGGUUGUGUACUUUGUGUGACACAUCUAAAGUUCUGUGUAUAUGUUUAAGUCAUGUAAAUACAUCUUCCGGUGUUUAUUUUUAAA